AGUCUAUGCGUUCUAAUCAGAAUGUGGUGGAGCUAUGAGAAGAGAAGUGCCAUUGGAUUGUAUUCGUCUGUGCCAUAGCUUUUGGAGAGAGACAAGUCAACUAAAGUAACCUUCUAAUAAUAAUCUUAUUAUAAUGCUUCGACUAGUUUUAUUUUACGCAAGUAUAGUGUAUUUUACGCAAGUGUUAUAGGGUGAUGACCUGAUUCCUGUUUGGAUUCAUCUGGAUUGAUCGGAUAUUAGUGGCUAUUAUUAUUGAUUUAUCAUUAUUAUUGAUUUAUCAUUACUAUUUCUAUUUCCAUUAAACAUUAUUUUUAACUCCAAUUUGCAACAUCAUAAUUGUCUACUACGGUUUCCAAGCGGAAUGAGCCUGUUUUGCACCUCUUGAGGAUACAAGGAGUCUGGAUUCAUGUUCAGAAAAUGAAGUUUAAGUUUUUUACCGUGGGCUCUAUACUACCACCUCUAGCCUACAACUCUGUCGGCAGUUGAUAUUGCCAAUUGAAAACGUGAUGCUGUUGCCUAUUGUUGUUCACUGACGGUUGAAAUAUUAUAAUUGUAUCUCCAUGUGAAACAUUCUCGAAUGUGGAUCACUGCAAACGAUGUAUACCGAGGUGGCUAAUUUCAACUUCAGCUCUAAUGGAAGCAUCGAGGAUCCACUGAGCUCUCUGGAUCAAGAAUGGAACGAGCCCCCUGCGAAAAGACUGUCUCGGACCGGACACCAUGUGAUGUCCGUCUUCCUUGGAUCUAUUAUGGUUUUUGGUUUCAUCAAUAACCUGGUGGUAUUGAUCCUGUUUAUUAAGUUCAAAACUCUGCGGACUCCUGUGAACAUGCUUUUGCUGAACAUCAGCGUGAGUGACAUGCUGGUGUGCCUCUGUGGCACCACGCUCAGCUUCGCAUCCAGUCUACAGGCACGCUGGCUGUACGGGAAGCACGGGUGCAUGUGGUACGGCUUCGCCAACUCUUGUUUCGGAAUUGUGUCGCUAAUCUCGCUGGCCUUCCUCUCCUAUGACCGCUACAGCACCUUAACCGUGUACAACAAGCAAGCCCCCGACUACCGUAAGCCUCUGCUGGCCGUGGCGGGCUCCUGGCUCUACUCCCUGUUCUGGACAGUGCCCCCCCUGCUGGGCUGGAGUAGUUAUGGCCUAGAGGGGGCCGGGACCAGCUGCUCGGUCACCUGGACAUCCCAGACACCCCAGUCUCACUCCUACAUCAUCUGCCUGUUCAUCUUCUGUCUGGGGCUGCCUGUGCUGGUCAUGGUCUACUGCUACGGGAGGCUGCUCUACGCUGUCAAACAGGUGGGGAGGAUCCGUAAGUCGGCGGCGCGGCGGAGAGAGUUCCACAUCCUGUUCAUGGUGAUCACCACGGUGGUGUGUUACCUGCUGUGCUGGAUGCCCUACGGCGUGAUCGCCAUGAUGGCCACCUUUGGACACCCGGGCCUUAUCACCCCCAUCGUGACCGUGGUGCCCUCCAUCAUGGCUAAGAGUAGCACCGUCAUCAACCCCCUCAUCUAUAUACUCAUGAACAAACAGUUCUACAGGUGUUUCCUGAUCCUGUUCCACUGCAAGCGGCCCAGUUCUGAGAACGGCGUCUCCUCCAUGCCCUCUAAGACCACCGUCAUCCAGCUCAACCGCCGGGGCCACAGUAACAACGUAGCCGUCACGCCCCAGCUCUCCACCGGCGCCAACCACCAUAACUACAACCACACGGUGGAGUGCAGCACUAACAACCGUGAAGUCACCACCCCCGUCUCCGAACAGACCAGCCCAGACCCCAACCAAGAGAUCACCUCCUGUGGACAGCCGCAUACCCCCCGAAGCCCCUCUCAACCCGCCCCCCUUUUCCCCCACGUGACAAACGCUAUCCAGUGAUCCACUGUGUUAUAUGAUAGUGUCACCACCGAGAACUCUAGAGGAUACGGUGUUGGCAUUUGUCAUGCAUUUGUCAUGUGGUGUCAUGACAUGAUGUUGUCAUGUGGUGUCGCCCAAAAACUCAGUCUACACAGCGAUAUAUCAUGUGGCAUCACCCAACAACUCCCCAUAGUGAUUUGUCAUCAUGAGAACGCCUCAACAACAGACUACCCAUAAAUGAUCCAUAAAUGAUCCAUCACAACGUUGUGUCACCAGAGAACUCUUCUAAACACACAGUAAGUGAUCUAAUCCACAACGUUACCCAGACAGAGAACUAUCAAUAUCUUCUACGAACAAAGUGAUCUAUUCCACAUCAUCACCCCAGAAACUACACUGUGCUCUAUUAUCUUAUAGAACAGGGGACCCCAGCUGGCGGCCUGCGGGUGGAUUUAUUUGGCCCCCCAAGUUCAUGGCAAAUAUAAAUAAUCAUAUCUUUUUUUGUGUGGUAUUUUUGUCGUUGGAUAUGAGACUGUAAGAACAUGAAAUCAGCGCCAAUUGAUUUAAAGUUUUGAAAUCUGUUUUGAAAUGAGUAUGCUUUAGUUAACCGUUAUAUCUGUUUGGGCUUCUUGCUGUCAAUUGGCAGUAAUUAUGUUCUGGCCCCCAAAAAAUAGAUACGUCGGCCCGCAGCUGAAUCUAGUUGAUGAUCCACGUUAUAGAAGGUGUGUCAACCGCCCCAACCCAUAGAGAUGGUCAACUGUUACUUUGUCACUCAGUAAAGGUGUAGAUAUAAAUUCCUGUCAAGUCUUGCCGUGAGAAAACGCAACAGUGGUGUUGUUUACUUAAAAACAAAAACGUGUAUUUUUCCUCAACCUCCGUUAUCAUAUUGUUACAUGUGUUACGUCGAUAGACACCAGAGUUGUAUUAAGACUGCAGUGGCUUUAGUGUUGUCGUUGCUGUUACAGUACAAAAAACUAUUUGGUCAUAACUGUUACAGUGUGCUGUCAUAACCGUGGCCAUUUCCGAUGACGUGCAAUAACAGACAGUCCAUCUAUUCAUUUGUUCUAAAGCAGCUAUGAAGCCUAUGUGAAUGAUGCCGGUGAAGCUGAAUGCUUUGUACCUCAUCUGUGACAUCAAAUCACCUCGGGCCUCAUUUAUUUGCUCGGUUUUUAUUCUACAUUUCAGCAUACCAUCAGUUCUUGAAACAAAUAGGAAGAACAAUCACAGUGUUUAUACACAUGUCGAAGGGUGUAAAUCACACACAAUCAUGAUCAUUUCUACAUCACACUAAGUUGCUAAAUCAAUAUAUAUCACUAUAUAUUAAAUCACUAUAUAGCUGUGGAUUCCAACUAUCAUAUGUGCGUAAGAACAUUUUUUAUAAAUGAUGCACCUGGGUGAUCUGUGUAAAACUGGUUAGUAAUUACAACCGAAACUGGUAUUAAACGUAUGGGAACAAUGUGAAGGGAUUUUCCAUUUCACUGCAGGGUGGGGAGGGUAAUAAACCAGAAACAGUUGGAGAAGUGUAACAGAAAGUGUUCAUGUUUGCAACACUUGUCUUGCACUCUUGAAGCCAUCAUCCCAUUGGGCAAAAGAGAUCAUGACAAUGUUCAAUUGUCAGUUGACUGAAAUGUUGUUUACAGUUAUGACAAUGUGGAAACAGUGUUGAUCCAACCAAUAUUUGCAUGUCGGGAUGACAGCCAGGCGUUGUAUGAAAGCCACAACCUGUUAAAGUUACCAUCUUUCUGUGUCUGUAGUGUUGAGUCAUGCAGUAUCUGGCUUUGCAUGUUGACAUGUUCCUCAAUCUACAAGUCUAAAGCUCCCAGCAGGCAGUCAAACAGCCUGGCACCCCAUUGGGCUGCCACAUAAGUGGCUGGCUGUAGCCAUCAUACGGCACUUGCUUGUCUUUAUCAAGAUGACAUACUGAACAGCACUGCCUCUCACUGCCUAAUAAACUGUAACCCAAAAACAGUUAAAUAAAAUGGACUGCAACCCAAAUAAAAUCCUUCUGUGAGUCAUGGUCUGCCUCACUGAGUCCUGCUGCUG